AUGGACGCGGCCAUUGACGAUCCGUACGGCGAGUCGGCGCAGGGUUCGUCAUCAGCAUCAGCUUCUGCCUCGACCUCAUCACGCGCAGCCCCCCCUCGAGCCGCCUCCCCUCCUCGUUCCCACCCUCCCAGCAGCAGAGGGAACCACAACGGGCAUGCCAAUACGAACGACGAAGACGAUGAGGACGAGGAAUCGCCGUCCAACGCGGCCGAGUCAGACCACGAGAUUCUCGAGCACGAGACAGACCGCUACUACGCCCUGCUCAACGUGGACCGUGAGGCUACCCCGGACCAGAUUCGUGAAGCGUAUCGCUCGCUCGCAGUAGCCCUGCACCCGGACAAGCAUCUCGAGCCUCGCUCCAAAGCUGCAGCUCAGUCGCGAUUUCGCGAUAUUCAGCGAGCGUAUGAGGUUCUCUCCGACCGGGAAAAGAGAACAGUCUACGAUCAUUUUGGGGAGGAAGGCUUGAAUUCGACGUGGACUGUCAGCACGAGAGGAAGGUCGCCGGAGGAGCUGAGGAGAGAGUUUGAGAGGCAGAAGGAGAUGAAGAAGGAGAAAGAAGCGGCGGAUCUAGUGAGGUCAAGAGGGGAGUUCACGGCCCAGAUCGAUGCGACAGGCUUCUUCGCACCUGCGCACGCGAUCAGAAGACGGCCGGCACCACGCCCUGCGCCAGCACCCUCAACUGCUCCGACCGCUGCGGACACGGCAGCCGACCGUGCUAGUCUCGUCCAGGUGCGCUCCCUCAUGGGCAAGCACGGCUUCGAUGUGCCCCUCGCAGAGCGGACGACAGUCAACUUCUCCGGCCAGAUGCUGAGCCGCAAUGGCUCUGGCGGCGGCAACUUCCUCGGCACAGUCAAGCAUCAAUGGUCGCCACGCUUGCAGACGGACCUGAUGUUUACCCUGAUGAAGCCGCGCAUCGUCCAGCUGAAGGGUCAAUACCAAAUCAAUGAAUUCAGCUUCUUCAAUUGGACAGUCGGCGGGUCCACGACGAUGCUUCCGCCAAGCUUCAAUGUGACCUACGGUCAGCGUCUCUCCAACGAGUCACCUCUUACUGGCUUCACGACCGUCCGCUCAGGCACCUACACUCUGGGUCCGUGGGGUCGCGCAGCCGCCGAAGCAGGCCUGUUACGAAUGGACCCACCGAGCGUCCUCGUCGGGUUGACGUCGCAGCACAAUUCCGGCAAAGGCUGGACAGUCAGCACUACAAUCGGGCUGAGCGACACCAACGUCAAUCUGGAACGCGGUCUUGCCCCAAUCAAGUGGCUCGGCGGAGCAAGACUGCGCAUGGGGCUGAGCGUCGGCUCAGGCAGCGGCGCCAGCGUACAUUUGCAUGGCGACAAGCGCGUCACAGAGGGGACGGACGUGGGUGUGGGGGUGACGGCGGGCUUGCCCGGUGGAGUGACGAUGAGGGUUAGCUUCAACCGCUUGGGACAGAAAGUCGCGCUUCCCAUCCUGCUCGCACCGGCGCCUCGAGCCGAUCUCGUUAUCGCAGCCACGGCUCUACCCCUCAUGGGCCUCUUCGCCGCGGAAAGCUUGUACCUCGCCCCGAAGAGGAAGCGCAAGGUGCGUGGCAGGCUGGCUGAGCUGAGGCGCGACAAUUGGGACCUGAUCCGGCAGAGAAGAAGAGCGGCGAAGGAGGGAGUGGAGGCACUGCGGAGCCAGGCGAGAAAGAGGGCGAGCUCGGAGAGGGCAAAAGGGGGAUUGAUCGUUAUUGAGGCUUGGUAUGGACGGGCGGACGCCUUGCCCGUCAGCGAGGCGAUCCUCGAAGGCGCCGUGGACGCUGAAGAGCUUGAUAGGCGCGCUUGGCUAGGCGAGGCGAGGAACGCAGAAGCAGAGGCGUCGUCCCCGUCGAGUUCUGCCCAACCUCUCUACUGCGACGUCCGCAUCCCCCUGCAAGCCCUCGUCUCGCGCUCUGGGCUGGUCAUCCCUGGCGGUAGGUCCAAGAGCAACUUGCUCGGCUUCUACGAUGCAGCGAUGGGGGAGCGCAAGGUGCUGCGGGUGCGCUACCUCUUCAGGGGGCAGGUGCACGAGGCUACCUUCGCAGACAAGGACGCCGUGGCGUGCCCGCUGAGAGCGCAUCAAUUGUAG